AUGACACACAUUAAUGACUUCAUAGGUGUGGUGAGAGGUCUGCGGCAGGUAAUAGAAGCUGGUAUUAAAAUCCAACAAGAAAAUUCUAGACUAAUAUGGAAUAACUCUAGUUUUCGGCCUUCUCUACAGUCUUGUCCUACUAAUGCUCUAUCUUAUAAGCCUAGUGCUGAUAUGUCUAGUGAUGUUUUUGAUAGGGCCAUGGUUGUCAUUCAUGGUGUCAAAGAAUAUGUCACUAUGUAUAGAACUAAUCCAAUUAAUAAUGUACAUAGUGCAUCUAGUAUGGAUCCACAACUGCAAGAAGAAAUUGAAUUGCUCAAUAAAGAGUUCAAUGAGACCUUUGAGAAUUUAAAACAGACUCAAAAGAAAAUAGUUUCAACUACAAUAACAUCACCCACUGAACAAGUUAUGAAACCAAUUGAUAAAGUUGAAGAAGUUGCAAUACCUGUGAUAAGACCAGAAGCUCCAAAACAGCAAAAAGUUCCUUCCUUGGAAAAAGUUGUACCACUCGCAGAGGCGAGCAGUUCGUCUAUUCCAAAGCCUGUAGCCAAAAAGAAGAUGAAGGUUUCACUCAGUGAAAACUCAAAAGCUCGUGUGGUUCCCUCUUCUCGUAUAGGCAGAAUGAUGUCUUUCGGCUCUCUCGCCGCUGGGCUUGGUGUAGGGACAGUAGCGCAAUAUGCAAGAAACACUCUGCAGUCCAUGACAGGGAAAACGGAUGAUUCAGCAAAUGUUUUCCUUUCACCCGCCAACGCAGAACGCAUUGUGGAUACCCUGUGUAAAGUCAGAGGUGCGGCUUUGAAGUUGGGUCAGCUGUUAAGCAUCCAGGAUGAGUCUGUCAUACCAACGGAUCUGCAGCGUAUAUUUGACCGGGUUCGUCAGUCAGCUGACUUCAUGCCGGUAUGGCAAGUUGAGAAGGUCAUGAGUUCUCAACUGGGGGCCGAUUGGAGGACUAAGAUACAACACUUUGAGGAGCAGCCCUUUGCUGCAGCUUCCAUUGGGCAAGUACAUUUAGGCGUGCUGCAUAACGGUCAAGAAGUGGCCAUUAAAGUACAAUAUCCUGGUGUUGCCCAAGGAAUCAACAGUGAUAUUGACAACCUUGUUGGGGUGUUGAAAGUGUGGAAUAUGUUCCCAAAAGGAAUGUUCAUAGACAAUGUAGUGGAAGUUGCAAAGAAGGAACUUGCCUGGGAAGUAGAUUACAGAAGGGAGGCUGAAUGCACUAAAAAAUUUAAACAAUUGCUAUCUCCAUACAAUGAGUACUUUGUACCUGCAGUUAUAGACGAGCUCUGUGCCCAGGAGGUAAUAACAACAGAGUUAAUAGAUGGUACUCCUCUCGACAAACUCUUUGAUGCCGACUAUCACGUUAGAUAUGACAUCGCUUACAAGAUCAUGCAGCUUUGUCUGCGUGAAAUGUUUGUGUUGAGAUGUAUGCAGACGGAUCCGAAUUGGGCUAAUUUCUUUUACAAUACAAACACCAAACAGGUAAUUCUAUUGGACUUUGGUGCAACUAGAGAAUAUUCGAAAGAAUUCAUGGACCAAUACAUUCAAAUAAUUAAAGCUGCUUCUAUGGGUGAUCGCGCCGCCAUAUUAAAGAAGUCUUUGGAAAUGAAAUUCCUUACAGGAUAUGAGUCAAAGAUUAUGGAAGAAACGCACGUGGACAUGGUAAUGAUAAUGGGAGAAGUUUUUACCAUGGAAGGUGAAGAAUUUGAUUUUGGCACUCAAAAAACUACACGACGUAUACAGAGUUUGGUACCCACAGUGUUAACUCAUAGAUUGUGCCCACCGCCGGAGGAAAUAUAUUCGCUGCACAGAAAACUGUCCGGUGUAUUCUUACUAUGUUCAAAACUAAAAGUCAAAAUGAACUGUAGGGACAUGUUUAAUGAAAUCUAUGAUCAAUAUCAAUUCUCUACGUAA